CAUGUGCUACAUUGUUGGCUGUUUGUGGCGCGAAAAUAGCGGUGCCCCUUGCAUUGUUUGUAUCAACAACUUGGCGCACCUACUGUGUGCCUGAAUUUUGAAGCGGUUGGUAGCACCGCCCUUGCAUGUACUCCCAUCACCGGACAGAUUGUGGACUGGGAUUGUCCAACAUAUAUAAAGACAGAGUCCCCGUCAUUUUCCCUAUCACUCGCAAGAGGCUCAUCACAAAUGUCUGGAAUUUUAUUAGACACUGCUGUCACUCCCAGUGGCACCUCCCUCGUUUCCCCUUCCUACACCCAACUCCACCUUGUCACCUCGUCGCCCUCCUCGUUGGAUGUUGGCAAUGAAGGCUUGCUCAUCCAGAGCGACGGCGCCAGCACUCAGGUCGGUCUGUUCAGCGAGGCCUCCGACUUGCACACCUUGACGUUGCUCUCGUCCACUGUCAAUGGCAGGCACGCCGCCAAAUCGCAGGCGUCGGCCACUUCCUCGUCCCCAGCAAACUCCAUACGGUCGACCAACGACGCCAGCGGAUUCUCCAAGUUGACCAUGGUGGUAGGCUCCGUGUUUGUUUGCACCUUCUUGGCUGCCUUGUAAGGACGCCGUUUACGAUUAAUGAUGAUAUUACGAAAAGAACUCGCCCUGCGCGCUAAUGACACCUGCUCCGUUUGAGAAGCAGAUGCUGAUAUGGCUC